AUGAGCGUGUUGGUAUCAGAGCUCAUGGCGCAUGGCGUGGUGGUCAGAGGCUUGGCGCACCCCCUAGCCAUCGAAGUGGUGCGUGCAGUGCAAUCCCCACGCCGUGCAAUCCCCACGCCGUGCAAUCCCCACGCCGUGCAAUCCCCACGCCGUGCCGUGCAUCAACCACAGUUCCCUUCCACCGUGUCAACAUGCUGGUGGAGGGAGUGGUGCGUGCAUCAACCACAGUUCCACUGUGUCAACAUGCUGGUGGAGGAAGGUGAGCAGUACAAGCUGUUCGGAGCCGUGCCUGUGACCCCUUACCCGUUGUCGCAUGCCCAUGCCCCAUAUGCCCCAUAUGCCCCAUAUGCCCCAAACUCCCAUAUCCACUGUGUCAACAUGCUGGUGGAGGAAGGUGUACUAGCUUUCCAUGAUAUCAGCGUGCUGGUGGAGCAGGGCGAGCAGUACAAGGUAUUUGGAGCCGUCCCCGUGACCCCAUACCCAUUGUCGCAUGCCCAUGCCCCCAUAUGCCCCAAACUCCCAUAUCCACAGUUCCACGAUACCAACCUGCUGGUGGAACAGGGCGAGCGAGCAGUACAAGGUGUUCGGAGCGGUGCCUGUCAGUCACCCCCUGCCAACACCUACAACGCGCUUGCCCACAGGGAAGCUGCUACUUUCCAUGAUAUCAGCGUGCUGGUGGAGCAGGGCGAGCAGUACAAGGGUGAGCAGUACAAGGUGUUUGGAGCCGUCCCCGUGACCCCCGCCAACACCUACAAAGUUCUCGCCAACAAGGAAGCUGCGCUGCUGUUUCCUGGAGGCGUUCGAGAGGCUCUAAAGAACAGGCUGGUCCCUGUGACCCCCGCCAACACCUACAAGGUUCUCGCCAACAAGGAAGCUGCGCUGCUGUUUCCUGGAGGCGUUCGAGAGGCUCUAAAGAAAAAGCGGGUGGUGGUGGGCUUAGAGGGAGUACCGGCAUGCGAGCGGCCGCUGCUGUUUGUGGGCAACCACCAGACACUGGCGCCGGAGAUGAGCGUGUUGGUAUCAGAGCUCAUGGCGCACGGCGUGGUGGUCAGGGGGCUGGCGCACCCAUUAGCUAUUGAAAUGUUCCAUGAUAUCAACAUGCUGGUGGAGCAGGGUGAGCAGUACAAGGUGUUUGGAGCCGUCCCCGUGACCCCCGCCAACACCUACAAAGUUCUCGCCAACAAGGAAGCUGCGCUGCUGUUUCCUGGAGGCGUUCGAGAGGCUCUAAAGAACAGGGGAGAGAACUAUCAGCUGUUUUGGCCUGAGCGAGCAGAGUUUGUCCGCAUGGCGGCGAAGCAUGAAGCGACAAUCAUUCCUUUUGCAUGCAUUGGCGUGGAUGAUGGGUUCGAUAUUCUUGUGGAUGCGGACGAAAUGCCCAACGUGCCCAUCAUUGGCCCCAUGGCAGUCGAGGGUGUGCAGGCAUGGCCCAGAGUGAGGGACGCAGCGGCAGCAGGGGCGGCAGCAGAGCAGUUCAUCCCACCAGUGGUGGUCCCCAAGGGGCUGAAUCGCCUCUACUUCCUCUUUGGAGCGCCCAUCAGAACAAAGGGUGAGCAGAAUGUGUGGGAGAGUUUUUGCACGGAUGCAGCUGCAGCCAGGGCGGCGGCAGAGCAGUUCAUCCCACCUGUCGUGGUCCCCAAGGGGCUGAAUCGCCUCUACUUCCUCUUCCAGGCACCCAUCCGAACAAAGGGUGAGUGGAAUGUGUGGGAGAGUUUUUGCACGGAUGCAGCAGCAGCAGAGCAGUUCAUCCCCCCAGUGGUGGUGCCCAAGGGGCUGAACCGCCUCUACUUCCUCUUCCAGGCGCCCAUCCGAACAAAAGGUGAGAAGAAUGUGUGGGAGAGUCUUUGCAGGGAUGCAACAGCAGCCAGGGAGGCAGCAGAGCAGUUCAAACCAAGAGUGAGCAGUGUGGUGGUGGUGGUAAUCCAAGGGGCAGUCAUAGUGGCUGUGACCCAAGGGGCAGCAGCAGCGCAGUUCAUCCCGUCAGUCGUGACGGCCGAGGGGCUGAACUGCCUCUACUUCCUCUUCCAGGCACCCAUCCGAACAAAGGGUGAGUGGAAUGUUCUUUGGGCACUGAAGUGCGCGAGUGUUUGUGGAGGCAUGUCCCACCUGCUGACAGACAAGGCAGCAGCAGCAGAGCUGUAUGCGCAUGUGAAGGGGGAGGUAGAGGGUGGGCUGCAGUACCUGCUGAGGAAGAGAAAGGAGGACCCUUAUAAUGACCCUGUGGCGCGAUUGCUGUAUGAGGCCACGUGGGGUGGGGAGAAGCAGGCUCCCACGUUCAAGCCAUAG